AAAAGCAGCAUUUUUUCUCAUUUUCUUUCAAGACUUUCUUUCAUUUUUAAAUGGGACCUUUUAGACAAUGGGCUCCAAAACUAUCUUUGGAUGCAGAAGUCUUUCAUGUUAGGAAUUCAUCCAGCUUGCUUGUUGGUUAUACUAAGUUGCCUUCCCGUGCCUAAAAUAACGUAGGAAGGGGCACCUGGGGGUGUGCCUCAAUCAUGAGAAAAUGGAAAGUCACCAUAUGACAUAAUUGUUUCGGAGUGCCAUUGAAAAGGACAGAAAAAAUUAAGUUAAUUCACAUCCAAAAAUAUAAUGUGAAUAUAUUAAUAACAGAAUGGACAAAUGCACGUAAAUAUAAGAUUUUUAUACAUGUAUAUGAAUUGCUUAGACUGCAACUGACGUCAUUUACUCACAGACGUCAUUUUCCAUACUGUCCCGUUCAUUUCGUAAUAAAACGUGCAAAAGAAACGAAAACACCAAGUAAAAAACAUCCAUGCCACUUUGGGCUUGAAGUAUAUUUGUCGGCUGUUUUUUUGUUGUUGUUUUUUUUACUUGUUUAUUUUUUAAAAUGAAGAUCGUAAGCGACGAGAAAGUAUAUAAUACAGAUAUCAAUGUAAAAAAAACCAUGUCAUUUCGGGUAUGAAGUAGGCCAUAUUUUUCUUAUUCUUUUUUAAGUCUACUAGUGUUUCGAUGGGACAUUUAAAAUAUUUGUCAGGUUUUGUUUUUUUUUUAUAUAAAAAAAUGAUGAUUCUAAUCAACGCAAUAUAAAGAAUGCACAUAUCAAAGGAGACCUGAUAAUGCAAAGAAAGAAAUAUCGAAGUAAAUUUGAACUUAAAUAAGAUAUUUUUACGUUACACAUGACUAAAGUGUGGAGCGUGACUAUUUUAUUUUAAUACAUUAUUGUUGACAGAAGAUAUGGACAACGGUCCUAUGCAGGUACCAUGUCCAACACUCCCUUUUUAGUGUUUUGGUAUAUGUGAUAGUUACAUAAUAAAGUGUGCCGUAUCAUUUAAUUAUUCAUGUGUUUAUAUUUCACCAACAGAUCGGUUAAAUGAAAUCAUCAAAAUGUAGAAAAUAUAGCCCCUUCAGGCGGUUACACAUGCAACAGAAACGAGGAAAUUCAAUUGAAAAGGUGCGUUUCAUUGACGUAAAUUAUUGAUUUUAUAUAUGUGAAAUAAGAAGACAAACGCUAGGAUAUAUUUGUUACAUUUUUAGUACUAAAUUAUUAUUGAAAAUUUUAUUCUUGUUCAAUACAUUACACAUGGAAUAUUUAAGUAAAUACUGUGUUUGUCUACUAGUACUUUUAGCGGCAAACGCAAGCGAGGCUAGACACCUUACAGAGAAACAAUCUGAUGCUGCUACCAGGAUAUCUAAAUCUCUCACUGAGCCUAGAGUAACAUUUCUUAAAACUUCAAACAAUGACUCUACAAAAACAAAAACUAGCAAUGCUAAUUCAGCGACAUCACAACAUAUAGCGGCUACGAAAGUUAAAACACACGUGUCUGUACACACACGGCCUAGUGAUUCUGAAACCAACCGAGAUGCAGUCGAUGAUGAAGGACAUGCUCCGCUGGGAGCUUUACCACUACACAGACAUUCAUUCGACAAUCAAAACAUUCAGCUGAAGGGCAAAAGAAUUUCUUCAAUUUCUAAUAGCAGAGAUGAAAAAGUUAACACAGACUAUCACGACAAUACAGAAGACCCUGGCCCCAACGACAUUACCGAAGACAAAAACAUUGGAAAAGUGUAUGUUAGACCAGAAUCAACUAAACACACGGGAGAAGAGCUACAUCAAAGUCAUAGGCGCAUCGACGUGCAUGAAGCUAAUUCGAUUGAUCAUAUAAAUGAAAAUGGAAUUUUGAAAAACAACGCCGUAUCGAGGGGUUCAGACACAACAUCUAUUCAGAACGAAAGCGAUGGUGUUGUCAACCACAUUUCUUCCAAUAUUAUGGAAACCAGCGCACUCACACAUUUAGGCAUUAAGAAUAAACAGGAACCAUUCAAGAAGAAUUUAGAAAAUAGAGUAGAUGACUUAAAACAUGAUCUACCGCAAACAGUAACCCUAAGUGAUUCUAGAGAUAAACCAGACGUCGGUGAUCAACCCACGGGAAAAGGAAGUUAUUCCCAAGAUAUGCCAAAUCCUGAUGCUAAAAAUAUUCGUAAUUGGAACGUUGAUUCGAAUACAGUACACUCCGAGAGCUCACACAAAGAUAUCAGGAACCCGGGCAUGACCCAGACUAUACAGCCAAAGACAAAUGAUAUAGAUAGACGUACAGAAAAUUGGAGAACAAAGGAAGCAAAAACACAAGGUUCCAAUUUAAAAUCUGUUUCCAAGGACGGUGAUACGGUUCUGCGAAACAACCAUGUUAACACUGUUGUUCACGGGGGUGAUUCUACUAAACUUUUACGCCCUAAAAUAACUGUAUUCAUCGAAGAGAAAAAUGACCGUGAACAUACACAGAGAGUGAUAGCAAGCAACGGUAACGGUGUUAUUCAGAGCCGACCUAUACAUGUCUCCGAUACGUCAUUAAAUACUGGUGGAAGCAGGGCACUGUCAUCAGAUACAGGAGACAACAAGGUGGUAUCUUCUAAUGCAAUAGGAACCAAAUCUGAACAUAUGGACGAAAAUGAGGGCAAGACUGAUUUAUCACAACAAGCUUCAGCUGAAAAUGAUCCGAGCAUUGAUGCAGUACAAAAUUCAGAUUUAAUUACACCACCCAUGGCAGUUUUAGAGAAUACACAUGACAACAAAAUGCAAUCGAAACACACAAUAGAACCAGCUGAAACAAAUACAAAUAAUCUCCACAACGUGGGUUCGAAAGGUGAAGCAACAUUAGAUUCUGUUCCGGCGAUUGAUGGACCGGAAAAGAGGAGUGAUAAAUCCGAUACGAUGAAACCAUCCGCCAUUCCGGCUACAGAGAAAACAACUACAACAGAUAAUAAUGAAGCUAUCGAUAUUCCGUCUACAGUUAUUACUAACACAGUACGAAAACCAGAAGAUGUAUCACCAUUAGAUAUAUUUACUUCUGAUAUAACAUACCAGAGGUUCCCUCAACCAAUGAGUCUUACCACAUUUAAGAAAAAGGUUCUCGGUAAACGUCUAAAGAAGUUGUAUAUUUUGGAGCAGUCUGAGAAGAAGUUGUUCCAACAUGUGCGACAGCUAGAAGCAAUUUACACGAUAGAAGAUGGAACCCUCUAUGUUUCGUUCCUUUUCAGAUUCGUGUACUCAAGAAAAUGCCAAGAAAUCCCGAAAUUUAGAAUGGGAAAACUUGUUGGCAACACAGAUAUCGCAAUGUUUGAAAAAGAGAUGAAAGACGGGAAAACGGAGCGUAUACUGUUUUUCUCCGAGAGACCCGAAGACUACGUGUUCUUUAUGUCGUGCACGGAUAUGAAGACGUCACCAUACGCGUGCAGGGAUUCCUACUACCUUACGUUAGACUCGGCACAUGAUCCACCAAACCAGUUCCCAUGGGCGGACGCCGCACGUGAAAUGGAGUCAAAACUGGACCUUACUUUUGAAGAUCCAAGAUUUAUUUUUAACUUCGUUCUUUUGCCAUGUGCAAGAAAAACUGCGUCUUAACAGAUUUUUAUCCUGAGACAACUCGCCAAAAGAACACAGAAAGAAAGUUGUGAUAAUUGUACCGUGCCAUUUUUUGUGUGAAAAGUGUAAUACUAGGGGUUAUUAUUAAAGAAUAAACUUUACUUUGUAACAAAAGAUUCUACAUCAAAAUGGACACUUUCAUUAUUUAUUAUACUCUUUGAAUCCGAAUGAAAAUUGAUUAUACAUCGACUGACCACUUAUGUUCCGAGUGGUAAAAGCAUAGCUCAACAAACAUUAUUACGUAAGAAAAUCUUUU